AUGGAUAUGAUGGUUAGGAAUGCAAAUAGAAGGGUUGCUUGUGAGAAGUGGGAGGACGUGGUUGGUCCAAGGAUUAAGAAGAUGUUGGAUAAGGUUGGACAAAGAGCAACACAAUAUAGAGCACAUAUAGGUGGUGAGUUUGUAUUCCAAGUCACUGGUUUUGGUGAGAAUGGCAGCCAACAUGCAAUAGAUUUGGGUCUCCAUACAUGCACAUGCAAGAGGUGGCAGCUCAGUGACAUACUUUGUGUACAUGUCAUUUGCUGCAAAAGAUUCAAUAAACAAGAGGCUGUCUUGUAUUGUCAUGAUUACCUCAUGUGUACCACAUAUAUGCAAGCCUAUACCCCAGUUAUAAAUCUCAUUGCAGGGGAGGAUGAUUGGGAACCAGUUGACUACCCAAUUGCACCUCCUUCAUUUAACAAGCUACUUGGAAGGCCCAGGAAAAAGAGGAUCCUAUCAUAA